AUGUUGAGCGCGCCUAGGGUAGUCUUCUCUGUGUUCACUCUGAUGAACGUCGUGCUGCUGAAUGGUGACCUCCCAAGCGAAAGUGCAUUAUCCCUAGGAGGUGCAGUACUGAAGGCGUCGAGACAGUUGUCCCAGGUUACGUCAGACUCAGAUGCACGUGGCGGCCCAAAUGAUGUAAGCAACGAAUGUGAUGGCAAUGAUUGCAGUGAAGGGAAAGAGAGUGAAGCCCCCAGUGAAACUACUUGCAGUUCAAUAAAAAAAGAACAACAGGAAAAGGCGCAACAGGAAGAGGAAGAAGAAGUGAAGGAAGUAAAGGAAGUUGAAGAAAAGGAGGAAGAAGAAGUAGAAAAAGAAGAAAAGGAUGAAAUAGAGAAGGAAGGCGAAAAAAAAGACGAAAUAGGAGAAGACGAUGAUGAGAAAGAUGGUGAUGAGUUCAUUGAUGAUAGUGAUGAUGACUAUGACUAUGAUGAUGAUGAAGAUGGAGGAAUAGAUAUAUCAGGCAUAUUAAAAGAGCAUGUGUUUAUUAUACCAAAGGAGAAGGUAGAACUUUUAUUAGACGAAUGCAAUCGGAUACAGAAUUUGGAUUAUGAAAGAGCACUAGAUAAUUUAUUUGGGGAACUACACGACUUGUCCCUAAAAUAUGGAUUACCCAAGGAAGAGAAAAUGGCCUUGUGGUAUGAAUUCCUAAAUGAUAUAACAGAUGAUUUAAAAGAUGUAGAUGACUAUUUUAAUAAUAUCUAUGACUUCAACAUGAAUUCAUCUACCGUCUUGACCGUUUCUUUUGUUUACUCUUUAAUGAACUUUCUGAACACGUGGACAACUACCAUAGAAGGAAUCGAGAAGAAAUGGUUUACCAUUUUUGCAGAGAGGACUUUGGCUUAUAAGAAUGGCGUUCGAAAAGGUAAGUUGGACAAAGCAGAAACGGAGUCUACGGAGAAAGCAAAAGUGGGUAGUACCACCACCAGUGAAGUGGGAAAGACGGAUGCAAAGAAGGAAGAAACGGAUGCCAAAGAGUCGGGAGCACAAUGA